AUGAUUAAAGGGGCAGAUUGGGCUCAUCAAAUCAUGCGCUCUAGAUAUCUUACUGAUUUUAGCUACGCUAAGCAGAAUAUUGCUAAUUCUUCUAUUUGGAUUGGGUUGAAGGAUGAAGUGAAUCAGUUAGUGGAUGAUUCUUAUUCCUGUAUUGAUCGUGGUGAUGGCACCUUUUUUUGGAGAGAUGAUUGGCUUGGUUAUAAGCUUGUUGAUAAGCUUAAGAUUCAUUCUUACAUGCAUGAUUUUCUUAAUUUUUCAGUGCAUGACUAUUUUUAUGAUGAUGUUUGGCAUUUCUCUACUGCUUUCGUGAAUCGUUUCCCUGAAGUGGUGGCUGAUAUCUUACUUCUUCCCAUGAAUGGGGGUAAGGACGUUAGAUUCUGGAAACAUUCGGUACGUGGGGAAGUCUCUGCUGCUCUGGCCUUCUCGAGAAAAUGUCAUCGUUUCCCAGAGGUGAACUGGGGAAAAUGGAUUUGGGAGCCUUUCAUUCUUGUUAGACGCUCAAUUCUUUGCUGGCGCGUUAUUCACGGGCGUCUCCCCACUCUUGAUAUUCUGGUUCGGCAGGGCUUGGUCGCCCCUAAUGGCUGCUCGCUGUGCUUUGAGAGCGGGGAGUCUAUUUCUCAUGUUUUGUGGAAUUGUUCGAAGGUGAAGCCCAUUUGGCGAGAGUUCCUCUCUUGGUUUGACAAAGCUCCUCUCGGGGACUGCUUGGAUAUUCACUUGUUUCUGGUGCUGGCGUGGGCGACGAAGUUUAGCUUACAAAUUCUUUCAUUCUGGAAAGCCGGUGUCAUCACUAUUUUGUGA